AUGAACCACAGCCCUUCAGACCAGACUGUGCACAACUCCAACGAAGGCAGCCCAGAGGAUGACAAACACAGCGUCAUGGUGCCUUGCUUACGCAGAAACAUCUACGACGAGUCGCUUUCUUCGUACACCAACAGCUCGAUCAUAUCUCAACUUCUCCGAAAGAGCGCGCACAACAAAAGAGCACUAGACGAAAACCAUUUCUAUCUCUCCAACUCUACCGCCACCGACUCUGGGCAGGAGGACCGCAGCAGCGUGUCCUCAAAGGACAGCGCCGCAGAAGCGUCGUCCCCGAAUUGCCACAUUUCUACAAGGUGCAACUCAGAGGGAGAGCCUCCUACGACGGAUCAUCUCCAAGCGAAGCGAGCCCGAGUAGAGAAUAUCAUCAGGGUGAUGGCCGGCUCUCCCAACAACAGGACACUAGCGGACAACGAUCGGCCUGACGUCGAUUCUCGAGAGUCUAGAGAGGCGUACCGGGAGAAUAAACGCAAACAACGGUUACCUCAACAUCAGGAGCACAGCGUCGGAGGACCGGUGAGUCGAAAACCUCACAACGAUCGCGACGAUACCGACACCAAGGAUGAAGAGUGCCACAAACUGAAAGAGCAGCUCCACAGCAUGCAAAAGCUUUUACGCCAGCUCCAAGAAAAAUUCAUUCAAGUUUAUAAACAAGAAAGUGCAGAUCAAGACGACAACACGGGGGAAGCCAUUGACGGUCACACCGUGGUGGAAAGAAACCACACGGGCUCCGAGGACGGUUUCGAGAAAAAAAGAAGGCUGAUACCAGAGUGUGACGACAGAAUAAAAGUCGUCGGUCAUCCGGUUCACCAAAGAGAAAGUCAGAACCUUCGGGAAAUCUUGAAACAGGAGCUCUCCAGAGCGUUGAAUGACUGCGUGGACCGCGUGUUGACCAAGGCGUCUUCAUCAGGGCUCGAUCUGUCCCCCCAACAGCGAACGUGUCCAUCUCCGGAGACGCAGAUCAGUUUGAGUACAGGGAAAAAGAAGCGACAGGAGGGUUCACUGCACGAGCAGCCUGAAGAGAGCACCGCCAAGCCCCGCUCUUUGGAGUAUUAUGACAACUCAGAGGUGCACCAGGACCAGACAGAAGCGCUCUCGCUGGUGGUUCGCAAGCCCGUGACAUCGCCUCUGAGCUCUGUCACUUCCGCAGUGAAGCGACCCUAUCCUGUGCAUCAGACGCCAUUCCAGUUCAACUACAGUGCCCCGCUGCAUGAUAGUCAGAUCCUGGAGCACCUUCUCAAGUACGGUCCUCAUUCUAACUUUGGGGGUGUUCACUGCAUGCCCCAUUCAAUGGACAGGGCCUCUCCAGAGCCAGUUGAGCUACCUUGGGAUACCCUUGCAUUGAGAUCCAAAGUGACACCCAGCCACCUGAGCCACCACCCUCGUCCCUCCGCCCUGGGGUCCGUGACGGUCGACGCUCUGUGCCUCCCUCAUGUGAAACUAGAGUGCGGCGAGCUGCAAAGUAUGGCUGAACGAAAUCCCUACAUGACUCUCAAUAUCCAGGAGGGUCUCACCCCGAGUCACUUGAAGAAGGCCAAACUGAUGUUCUUCUACACUCGCUACCCCAGCUCCAAUGUCCUCAAGACAUUCUUCCCUGAUGUCAAGUUUAAUCGCUGCAUUACGUCUCAGCUGAUCAAGUGGUUCAGUAACUUCAGGGAGUUCUACUACAUCCAAAUGGAGAAGUUCGCCCGGCAAGCCAUUGUAGACGGCAUCAGUGAAGUCAAAGACAUCACGGUCAGCAGAGACUCGGAACUAUUUCGAGCACUCAACAUGCACUACAACAAGGCCAAUGACUUUCAUGUUCCAGACAAAUUCCUCGAGGUUGCUGAGAUUACUUUGCAUGAGUUCUACAAGGCCAUUUCUGUUGCCAAAGACUCAGACCCCUCUUGGAAAAAGGCAAUCUACAAGGUCAUCUGUAAAUUGGACAGCGACGUCCCGGAUGAGUUCAAGACGUCCUCCUAUUUGUAG